AUGAUGAAACCUUUAUUCAUCAGUCAAGGCCGCUACGAAUUCAACGCUAAUCUUUUUAUGGACCAAAUUCCAAGACGAGUUACUCUUGGUCUAGUUGCAAACUCAGAUUAUGUAGGAUCGUUAACCCGCAGUCCUUUUAAUUUUCAACCCUUUGAUGUGAGAGAAAUCAGUAUAAUAGCUAACGGUCGCAGCUACCCCCAGGCCCCUUAUGAUUUUGAUUAUAGUAAAGAAAAAUAUGUAAGAGGUUUUAAUGAUAUGAAUGAUGCUAUAGGAUUUUCAAACUCUUCAGAAGGAAAUGGGAUAACUUAUAAUCAAUUUGGAAAAACACAUUGUAUUUACGUUUUUAACUUAACAAAUAGUGGAGAAGAUAAUGCAGGGACAUUUGAUUUAAUAAAAAAUGGAACAACAGCAGUGAAUAUAAAAUUUAGUAAUGCUGUUCCAGAUGGUGGUGUAAUGUUAGUGGUUAUGGGGGAGGUAGAUUCACUUAUAAUGCUAGACAAAAAUCGAACGAUAGCCAGUGAUACAACUAUUUAA